AUGUUUCCUACUGAUUUUCCUAGUAUGCCUCCGGAUAUAAAUAUAGAUUUUUCUAUUGAUUUAGAGCCGAGCACUUGCCCAAUCUCUGUCCCUCCUUAUUGCAUGACUCUGGCAGAAUUAAGGGAGCGUAAGGCUCAAAUCCAACAGCUUCUUGAUAAAGGUUUCACCCGUCUUAGUGCUUCCUCUUGCCUUUUUGGGGCAUGUGGUUUUAAAAUAGAGGUGAUGGUAUCCUCAAAAGAUUAUAGCAGUCAAGAACUGGGUCUGCCUAGUUCUGUUACUAAAAUUAGGAGUUUUGUGGGGCUUGCUAGCUAUUUCCAUAGUGACCCUUGGCCAGGAAGAUUUAGGAUUUUGGGACAGUUUAUAAAGCUAGGCAUCUCAGAGAAAGGUGGGGUACUGGCCAGUAUUGAGGUUAGGCCUACUUUUAUUAAAAAGAUCAAAUCCAAGCACUUUGAAGAUGAGAGUUUGAAUGGGCUUAGAAGGAAGACGGUGUUUGGAAAGGUACAAGAUACAGAUCUUGAGGCAAGUGGGGUACUCAAUUUUAGAGGAAGGAUUUGUGCUUCCCGAGUGGAUAACUUGAUUCAAAAGGUGUUGGCAGAUUCUUAUGGUUCAUGGUACUCUAUCCAUCCAGGUGUGAUCAAGAUGUAUCAAGAUUUGAAGCAGCUUUAUAAUUGUCCUGGCAUGAAGAAAGACAUAACGGACAUUGAUAUGACACUAUUCGAGGCACUUUAUGGGAGGGGAUAUAGAUCUCCCAUUGGGCGGUUUGAGGUUGGAGAUGUGAAACCUUUGGGAUUUUAUUUGGUAAGGGAUACUCUAGAUAAGGAUUCAUUCUUAUUAGACAAAGAUCUUCAGUAUGAGGAAGAACCGGUGGCAAUUCUUGAUCAUGAUGUUCAAAAGCUGAGGACCAAAGAGAUUAUGUUGUUGAAGAUUCAAUGGAAACAACUUCUGAUUGAGAAAGCUACUUAA